GGGGGUAGGAGAGGAGGAAGCUGUAGCUGUAGCUGUAGCUGGAGAAGGAGCAGGAGCAGGAGCAGGGGCAGGACUAGAAAGCAGAGCCAAAGAUGUGCGCGCACAAUACAAAAAAUUACAAAGCAUACUUUUGGGAGCGGCAAAUGGCCGAAAUCAACAGCGACAGCGACAGCGCAGCAGCAGAGCCCAACAGCAGCGACUGCGGCAGAGGCAGCAUCAACAAAAACAAAACCAAAAACAAAGCCAAAGCAACAACAGCAAUGUCACCGUUACAACUGAAGCCGAUGCUGAGCGGGCACAAAUAAGCAAUAGGUCAGAGCGAGAGGGCAGCUCACACUCAACAGAAAAGGAGUGGAGCGGAGAAGGGGACACUAAAACCGAGAGAGCAUCCCCAAGGCCAAAGGAAAAAUGGCCAACGCCUUGCGUGGGUGCAGCCAAAAGGAUAAGCAGCGGAUGAAAGCAAACUAAACGACCAGAGCGACACACACAGAACCCGAGAGGGAGAUAGCUAGACACAAAUUAAAUUAGCCAGAAAGGGAGGCACUCAGAGAGAGAGACAGAACGAGAGAGAUAAAGAGAGAUAAUCGUAAUCCCCCACAGCUGCAAAACAGAUAAAAUCACGCAUACGCCAUGGAGCCAGUUAUGAGUCUGGCACUGGCCGCCCACGGUCCGCCUAGCAUACUGGAGCCGCUGUUUAAAACCGCAACCACGAGCACAACGACCACCACCACGACGACUACCAGCACCACCACCACCACCAGCAGUCCGGCGGGACUCACGCCCACCGGCACCACCCUGCUGACGGCCCUGCUGGAGAAUCUGACGACAACAGCGGCCAGCGGGAUGUACGAUCCUUACUCCGGGAUGUACGGCAACCAGACGAACGGCACCAUGGGCUUCGAGACGAAGGGACCUCGCUACUCGCUGGCUUCUAUGGUGGUCAUGGGCUUCGUGGCGGCGAUUCUGAGCACGGUGACGGUGGCGGGCAAUGUCAUGGUGAUGAUCUCUUUCAAAAUCGACAAGCAGCUGCAGACGAUUAGUAAUUACUUCCUGUUUUCGCUGGCCAUUGCGGACUUUGCCAUUGGAGCCAUAUCGAUGCCCCUGUUCGCGGUGACCACUAUCCUGGGCUACUGGCCCCUGGGUCCGAUUGUCUGCGACACGUGGCUGGCCCUCGACUACCUGGCCUCGAACGCCUCCGUGCUGAACCUGCUGAUCAUCAGCUUCGAUCGCUACUUCAGCGUCACGCGUCCCCUGACAUAUCGCGCAAAACGCACCACCAACCGGGCGGCGGUGAUGAUCGGGGCCGCCUGGGGCAUCAGCCUGCUGUUGUGGCCGCCCUGGAUCUACAGCUGGCCGUACAUCGAGGGCAAGCGGACUGUGCCCAAGGACGAGUGCUACAUUCAGUUCAUCGAGACCAAUCAGUACAUUACCUUUGGCACGGCGCUGGCCGCCUUCUACUUUCCGGUGACCAUUAUGUGCUUCCUAUACUGGCGCAUCUGGCGGGAGACGAAGAAGCGUCAGAAGGAUCUGCCCAAUCUGCAGGCGGGCAAGAAGGACUCUAGCAAGCGAUCUAAUAGCAGUGACGAAAACACAGUAGUCAACCACACGGGUGGUGGGUUACUGGCCUUUGCCCAAAUGGGCGGCAACGAUCACGACACCUGGCGGCGGCCGCGCUCCGAGAGCUCGGCGGAUGCGGAGAGUGUCUACAUGACGAAUAUGGUCAUGGAUUCGGGCUACCACGGGAUGCAUUCGCGAAAGUCAAGCAUCAAAAGCACAAAUACAAUCAAAAAAUCGUACACAUGCUUUGGCAGCAUCAAGGAGUGGUGCAUCGCGUGGUGGCACUCCGGACGCGAGGACUCCGACGACUUUGCCUACGAACAGGAGGAGCCGUCUGAUUUAGGGUAUGCAACACCAGUAACAAUUGAAACUCCUUUACAAAGCUCCGUCUCCAGAUGCACCUCGAUGAACGUAAUGCGGGACAACUACUCGAUGGGCGGCAGUGUCAGCGGUGUGCGGCCGCCCAGCAUUCUGCUGUCGGAUGUCUCCCCCACCCCGAUGCCACGCCCCACGCUCGCCUCCAUUUCGCAGCUGCAGGAAAUGAAUGCGGCCACGGCGAAUGCGAGUGUGAGCGUGAAUGCGAUUCCCAGUGUGACCGCCAACAGCAACCACAACGCCAGCAACGGCAUCAGCAUCAACAUCAACAACAACAACAACAGCACCAAUGCCAAUGGAGCGACGGCGAACGGAAGUGGCGCGGCCGGAAACGGAAAUGGAGGCGGAAUCGGACAUGGACACGGACACGGCCACGGGAAUGCGGCGCAUCGUGACUCACGCACCCUGCCCGUUAUCAAUCGGAUUAAUUCGCGGUCGGUGAGCCAGGACUCAGUGUACACGAUACUCAUCCGCCUGCCCUCCGACGGCGGCUCCAGUGCCGCGGCGGCCAACGGCACGAAUGCAGGAGGCGGCUCGAAUGUGGGGGGCAGCUCCUCGGCAGCCGGCACAACCCUGAGCCUGCAAGGCGACUGUGCACCCUCCAUCAAGAUGAUACACGAGGAUGCGCCGCCGUGCUCGAGCACCACCAAUACUAGCACAAACCCCAAUAGCGGCAGCACCGCCCCGCCGCCCACCCGGCGACCUCUGCCGUCGCGCGACUCUGAGUUCAGCCUGCCACUUGGCCGGAGGAUGUCCCAUGCCCAGCACGACGCAAGGCUGCUCAACGCCAAGGUCAUACCCAAGCAGCUGGGCAAGGCUGGCGGCGGCCCGGGAGGCGGGGCAGUGGGAGCUCAUGCCCUGCUGAAUGCCCGCAAUGCGGCCAAGAAGAAGAAAAAGUCGCAGGAGAAGCGACAGGAGUCGAAGGCGGCCAAGACGCUGUCGGCCAUCCUGCUGAGCUUCAUCAUCACCUGGACGCCGUACAACAUCCUGGUGCUGAUCAAGCCGCUGACCACCUGCUCAGACUGCAUACCCACGGAGCUGUGGGACUUCUUCUACGCGCUGUGCUACAUCAACUCGACGAUCAACCCGAUGUGCUAUGCCCUGUGCAACGCCUCCUUCCGGAGGACCUACAUCCGCAUCCUCACCUGCAAGUGGCACACCAGGAACCGCGAGGGCAUGGUGCGCGGCGUUUACAAUUAGAUUUAGAUAGAGUAUCCCGGCAACAUAAACAUAUUUAUAGUCCUUGAAGUCCACCCCCUUUCCUCGCCCAGUUAACUAAUAAUAGUUGCAAAAUUGUGUUGUGUGCUAAACGGAGAUGGGGGAGCACCGAAAGUUAGGUUUAGGGAUUAACCAUUUGGAAAGCAGUACUGAUUUUUUGAUGUCUAGCCCCCGACUAUUUAUACACAGAGAAUAGAAAAUGCAUUAACAUUCCGAGUUCCGGGCUGCCAGUGAUUUCUUCCAGGACAUCCCCGAAUGUCUCUAGUAUUUGUUUCCUGAAAAGAAAUUCCAACUUGAUGAUCUCAUUUAUAUAACCUUAGACUUGUGUUCUUUCGGCAGCCCCUCCUCCAUCACUUGAACUAUGUUGAUCAGGAUCAGGAUCCUUCUCCCAAGAAAAAUAACGAAAGAUUCCAUUUUUGUUAGGCGUUUAUGUACUGUUAGGUAGGCACAUGCUCCAUGCAAGAAGAAUUUAAUACAAAUAUAGUGGAUUACGAUUUGGAAUUCAUAUAUACAUGCAUAUAUAUAAAUAUAUAUAUUUACUAUAUUAUUAUACACACGGCAAAUGAGUUUAGCUUAAGUUGUUGGCAUGGCAGGCAGGCAGGAAGGCAGGGGCUAUAGAGAGUCGGGCUAAAACCAAAAAAGCUUUAAUACAAGUUCAAAGUAGGAAGGAUUAAGUUCCGCAGGCAACGAAUCGCAACGCGGAUCGCUAACAAUUUUUGAGGUUGCAUCCUGGGCCAACCAAUGGGAAUCGCUCUGUUCUCGUUCCGAUUUUCGUUGUGUCGGUUAUGGGUGGGGGUCGAUAUAUAUGAAAUAUUGUAUAUCCCAUAUAUAUAUUAAUUUGUAGCGGGGGGAAAUUGUGAUUGUACUGCUCGUUUUUGAUAGUUUGAAUCAGUUUUUUGUACAUGUGCGUAGAAACCAAAAACCAGUAACAAUUGUAAAAGGCCAAACAAAAAGGAUGAGGGCCAGCAUCGGGCUAGAAAUUUGUAGUAACAUACCUGCUAAUAUAUCGGAUAUGUGUAUGUAUAAAAUUACGAUUAUUUGUAUGUAUUAAGAACGUAACCCACCAUGGUUCAACAACUAAGAACAAACCUUUUGUAACUGACGACGAUUAACUAAUUAAAGCCGACAUCAGCGGAUAAUA